UUCUAUUUGUGUUAAUUAGCAAUGCAAUGAAAGUUAAAGUACUAUCUCGAAACCCUGAAGAUUAUAUACGUGGAACAACAUCUGAAAUCAAUCGUUUACCACGAAAUUUAGACCCAGAUUUACAUCCUUUUGAAGCUGCUCGAGAAUAUACUAGGGCAUUAAAUGCUGCUAAACUUGAAAGAGUUUUUGCUAAACCAUUUUUAGCCUCAUUAGAUGGACAUAGUGAUGGGGUUAACUGCUUAGCACGCAACCCAGUUAAAGUCUCUUCUGUUGCAUCUGGGGCCUGUGAUGGUCAAAUAAAAUUUUGGCAUCUGCAAACAAGAUCAUGUCUUAAAACUGUUACAGCACACAGUGGUUUUGUUAGAGGUAUAACAUUUAGUCCUUCUGGUCAAAAAUUAUUUUCUGUUGGUGAUGAUAAAACAAUCAAACAAUGGGAUGUUGACCAUAAUGAAAUGAUAGAACCAUUAUCAACAUAUCUUCACUCAAAAAUGAUGACAGGAAUACAUCAUCAUGGUAAAAAUGCUACAUUUGCAACAUGUGGAGAGGCAGUUGAAAUCUGGGAUGAAAAUAGAUCUAUACCUGUUCAAACAUAUUCUUGGGGAGUUGAUACAGUUCACAGUGUAAAAUUUAAUCCUAUUGAGACUCACCUUGUAGCUGCUACAGCAUCAGAUCGUAGCAUUAUGUUAUAUGAUACCAGAGGGACUAGUGCAUUGCGUAAAGUUAUAAUGAAAAUGAGGAGUAAUACCAUUGCUUGGAAUCCAAUGGAGGCAUUUAUAUUUUCUGCUGCAAAUGAAGAUUCCAAUGCUUACACUUUUGACAUCCGAAAAUUAGAUUCCCCAGUAAAUGUUCACAUUGAUCAUGUUGGGGCUGUGUUAGAUAUAGAUUACUCACCAACUGGUCAAGAAUUUGUGACAGGUAGUUUCGAUAAAACAAUAAGGAUAUUUCCAAGAGAUAGAGCAAGAAGCAGAGAAGUGUAUCAUACAUCUCGUAUGCAGCGUGUUUUCUGUGUCACUUUCAGUGGAGAUGCUACAUAUGUACUAUCUGGCAGUGAUGAGACUAAUAUAAGGCUAUGGAAGAGUCAUGCUUCAGAAAAACUUGGUCCUACAAACCCACGUCAGCGUCGUGAUUUAAAAUACAGUAGUAAAUUAAAGAAUCAAUACCAACAUCAUCCUGAAGUGAAGAGAAUUCUGAAACAUCGACAUGUUCCCAAACUAAUUCACAAAGAAGCUAAAGAAAAGAGAAUUAUGCUAGACUCAAUUAAACGAAAGGAAGAAAACAUGCGCCUUCACAGUAAACCAGGCUCAAUGCCAGUUAUACCGGAAAGAAAGAAACAUAUUGUUACCGUAAAAAAAUAAAAUAUCAAUUCUGGCUGUUAGCAUAGCAAUGACCUCAUUAAAAUGUAAGAAAAUGUGCAAAGGGAAAAAAGAUAACGCUAUUAUAUUUAAAGAAAUAAUACAAAUAAUUACUAUA